AUGGGCUUCAAAGUUCUACAAGGCGGAACCGUCAUCUCCUUUGACGAUACGACGCAACGCGUUGUUGUUCUCCCCAAUACUUCAAUCUUCAUUCAAGAUGACCGCAUCCAUGCUAUGACCCCAACCGACUCCACGGAGCUCCCACAUGAUGCCGAAAUUAUCGACGUUACUGGAAAGAUACUCUGCCCAGGCUUCAUCAAUACGCACGUGCAUAUGUGGGAGACUGUCUAUCGCACUCUUGGGCCUGAUGUCGUUCUUUCGCGCUACUUCAGCGACUGGCUAUGGCAAAAUUUAAAAAAAACUGCUGAGGUAUUCAGGCCGAAUGAUGUAUAUGUGAGUUGUUUGGAAGGGUAUCUAGAAGGAUUGAACGGGGGUGUCAUAUCUUUUUUGGACCAUGCCCAUAACAAUUGGCACAAAGAUGUGGUGAAACCGAGUUUUGAUGCAGCAGUGGAUAGCGGAGCGAGGGUUUGGUGGUGUUAUGAUGUUGCAGACCGAGAAAGUUUCCCUAUGAAUGAACAAUGGGAUGAAUUAAGUGACAUUUCCUCAAAGACGAGCAAAGAUAGUGGAACUGGGUUAGAGUAUACACGAGAGAUGAUUAGAAAAUUAAAGCUCAAGGCUCUGACUGUACACCACUUGGGCGGGCCGUGGCCAGCUGCAAACACAUCUCCUGCAGAAUUGUGUAGACUCAAAUUGCACAGUGAUGAAUGUCCAAUAAUAUUCUCACACGCACCGCUUAUGACCGAGGAAGAGCAACACGCACUGCGAGAACAUGAUUCAUUCAUCUCCAUUACGCCAGAAUCCGAGUUCCAUUUCGGCCACGGCCAGAAGACUGGCCAUCUCGUCUCAGAGCAAGCUUCUCUUGGACUUGACACUAAUUGGACAUUUUCGGGCGAUAUGUUGUCGCAAGCGCGUUUAUGGCUCCAAACAGUUCGAUUGAACAAGUUCCACAGAACCCUGGAAGAGGGCAAGAGUCUUGCAAUGAAGCGGCGCGACAUUGGUGUGCUUCAGGUUGGCGCUAAAGCCGACAUUCUGGUUUUCAAUGGAGAUUCUCCAAAUAUGCUUGGCUGGAGCAACGCCGUAGCCGCGGUGAUGCUUCAUGCUAAUAUUGGAGACAUCGAGCGUGUACUUGUCGAUGGGAAAUUCCGGAAACGAGAUUUCAGGUUGGUUAAUCUGAAGACCGAGUGGAGUGAGGUGAAGGAUAGCUUUCUAGAAGCCUCGAUACGCAUACAACAGCUUGUUUCCGUACCGCCACCGAUGCCCGAAAAGCUUUGGGCCAGGGGGAAUCUGGGGAUGUAG